AUGGCGAAUUCGUUGUUUCUCCCAAACCACAGUUUCAUAGCUCCCCCUCGCCUCUCUGCUUCCUUGCCCUCAAAACCCUCCAAACCCCUACCUCUUCCCCGUCUAGGGUUUUCUCUCAACAACUCUUCCUCUAUUAUUAGUCAGAGCAGCAGAAGCGGAAGCAGAAGCAGGCGUGCCUCUUCCUUCAAAUCUCAUCUAGCUCCUCGAGACUCCGUUCCCCCAACGAAUGCCAAAGAGGAUCGUACUCGGAGUAAUGUAGAAUCUUCGGAAAGUGGAGCAGAUCAACACCAUUUGCCCCGUUUGAGGACCCUCCUUAAAGUUUACAAGGAAGCUAUAUUUAACGGAGACGAAGAAACUGUAUCAGAAGUUGAGGCCAAGAUAGAAAUACUUGAAAAUGAGAAGAAUAAAUUAGUCAAGAAAGUAUCUUCCUCGUCGGCAGAGAUAACAUCUGGGAAGGAGAAAUUUAUCCGCUUGCAAGCAGAUUUUGAUAAUUGUAGAAAAAGAUUUGAGAAGGAGAGACUUACAGUAAGGACGGAUGCCCAAGAAGAAGUUAUUGAGAGUCUUUUGCCCAUGGUUGACAAUUUUGAGAGAGCCAAACAAUACAUUAAACCCGAGACUGACAAGGAAAAAAAGAUUGAUGCAAGUUACCAAGGUAUAUACAAGCAAUUGGUGGAGACUAUGAAGAGCUUGCAUGUGGCUGUCGUGCCAACUGUGGGAAAGUCUUUUGAUCCUUCGCUACAUGAGGCUGUGGCACGUGAAGAGUCUCAAGAAUUCAAGGAAGGGAUUAUAAUUCAGGAAAUCCGCCGUGGCUUUUUACUUGGAGGUCAACUUCUAAGACCAGCAAUGGUUAAAGUCUCAACAGGGCCUGGCAGUAAGAAAGCCCCCGUGGCCACCGAGAAAUCAUCUGGGUUGCCAGCAACAGCUGCCGGGGUGGAGAAAUGA